AUGUACUUCCGUCUGGAUCACGAGGGGCACUUCGUGGUGACAGACGGAUUUCGUGACCUUGUUCGAAGAAAAGGAGUGCCGCCCAGGUAUCGAUGGCGAGCAUGGCGAGCCCUGACAGGUUGGAGUGCCUUGUCAAAGCCUGGGUGGUACGAAAGGAUCAUGAGGAAGCCUCCAGAUGGCAAAACAGUCGAGGCGAUUGAAAAAGAUCUUGACAGGACUUUCCCAGGAAUAGAAGAGUUUGACGAUGGGAAGAAGAGGGAGUUGGCCGACAUGCUUCGGGCACAUGCUGGCCUUUUCCCAAGCGUGGGCUACUGUCAAGGCAUGAACUUUGUGGCCGGCUUUCUCCUCAUGGUGGCUGGACGAGUGCCGGAUGCCGCCAAGGAUGCUUUCUUCUUGCUGGUGCAAAUGAUGGUGAAGUACAGAGCCAACCUUCUGUUUUGCGAUGGUCUCCCACUGCUGAAGCUCCAUACGUUUCAGUAUCGGACCCUGCUUCAGCGGCUCUUUCCAGAUGUGCCGUCCUUUCUGCCACACUGA